ACGUGGAUCUUUUAUUCCAAGGACAGCGGAGACAUGGACAUGCAAAACACAAGGGCGCAUGAAACAACCCGUCCAAAAUACACAGGACUAAAACUGUCCGGAAUAGUGUACUAUUGGUAGGUAGGCCUGCUUCAAGGAAGGAAUUAUUAAGUAUGCUGUUUUAAAUAUAUUCCAUCAAAUAUAUUCCUUCUCUGCUUCUCUUCUUCUGGACUGAUUUGAAAGAGUUUGUAAAGUGAAAGUAAGCUUUAGAGCUUUAGAGUGUGUAGCUACAUUUCAUUAUUGUCAGGACAGGAAAAUAGUCAAAUUCACCCACUUAUCGAGAGAACACGUGGAGAACACAACAAUCUCAGAGUGUUGGAGUGUGAACCUGGCUAUCCGUACAUUUUAAAAACAAGAAAAUGGUGCUGUCUGCUUUGCUUAAUAUAAGGAAUUUUAAAUGAUUUACUUUUGAUACUUAAGUAUAUUUAAAACCAAAUUCUUUUAGAUUUUUACUCAAGUAGUAUUUUACUGGCUGACUUUCACUUUUACUUGAGUAAAGAACAGGUUUAAAGUGGUGUUUAAAUACAAAUCAAAUUGACUGUACAACUUUCAUAACAGUUACAUACCAAUAAACAUACAUCCAAAAAGACUAGACUGCUGGCCUUACUGAGUCGAUAGGAACAUUAGCCCAAGCUAUAUAGGAGGGAUAUCACACCUUCUAUUAAGGUAUCUAUACUUUUACUCAAGUAUGACAAUUGGGUACUUUUCCCACCACUGUCAGUAACUACUUCAAAGAGUGGUGGAAAGUAGCAUACAUUUUACACCUAUGACCCUGCUUCAGCUCUGAUAUUGCCCAGCCCUGAAAUAAGUAUACCGUGCCCUCUUCUGGGGGGUUGGGGGAACGGCCAGUGUACACAGAUUACAUCAUUGUUUCUGAUGAUUCCAUUUAUAGGAAAUAUUAGGUCAUGCUGCCUGACACCAAGUCUCCUCUGGUUGUGUGAGCCCACUGCAUGUGGCUAUGAUACCACAUCCACUGUAAGUGGCCAUGAUUCAGUGGAUACAGAAGUAGACCUACAGGCCACAUACAUUAGACCUAAAUAUCACUAGCAGAGUAACAUGGGGAACAUUUAGCCGCUCAUACAGAAACUUGCUGACAGAAAUAUAACAAUAAUGACGAUGAUAAUAAUCAUCAUCAUCAUAAAUAAAUAAUCGUUUAUUAGCGGGGGAAAAAAGCGAAACUUUCAGGUGACCUUGGUUUUCGAAAUUGAUUUGGUUUUUGGGAAUAAAAUGACACUUCGGCAAUGCUCAACCAUAAUAGUCUUCAUAUCAUCCCGUAAUUAAUUCCACAUUCUAUAUCAAAUUGAUUGAUCUGAUAAGAGCUGAAAAGCCUAUUCAAUUCUGUCCCAGUAUCACUAUGCACGUUUUGAUUGCUACCCUAGCAGUGGUUUGGGGGGACCGGAUGAAACCCACGAAACAGCCCCAAAAACACAUUACAAUCGAGGGGUUAUUUUUGCCGUGCAUUCAACUGGCUACCUGAAACUGCACUUAACGAUAAAAGCCGAAUGUUUAGUAAUAUUAGGGGUACCAGAUUAAAACGCUUAAUCAAGCCUGGUUUUAAGAAUUUAGCCUAACCCCUUUUCGUCAUGACCGAACGGCGUUACUUCGGAUGAGCGGUAUCAUACCGUCAGGUUUGUACCGGGUUUAUUAGGCAGAACCCCCGAAUAUUACUUGCUCGAUAACAUUCAUAAUAACGCGAGAGUUUGUAAGUUGCCUGAAGGCUGUAGUUGCAACUGUCAAAGGUAGUGGAAACGCGCAUAAACCAACACACUACUUACUAUAUUACUGUACACGGCCGAGAAGAUAAUACCCGUAUAAAAACCCCGAGGUAAGGAACUGCAGACGGCAACGAACGCGACCGAGGUCGAAUCUUUUCGUUGCUUUUUUCCUCCGGUUCGUUUUCUUUUAUUCGAACUAACUCUCGUGCAGCUAUUGAAAAUUACUGCACUAAACAUAUUUUUGUGUCUCCCUUUAGCUCCAGCCAGCGGAAUGAUUUGUUAUACUCCUCCUUCGUAUUAAAGUCGCCAUUUUGCUUCACUGCCCAGAUAAAACCUUGUAUUUAAAAUAUUAUCUUCAAGGAGUCGGAGCCGUCUCGAUCUUUCCUGCCUGCUGAUUUCAUACGCGUUGAGUUUCCAACGAGACGAUUGAGGUUGAAUACGUGCCUCGUGGUUGACAUAUUCAUGCAUAUGAGAGGGGGGCAAGUGAUGGCUGGAAAAUCGGUGAAAGUCUCUAGGAUUUAAAUUGGAUUUUCCCUUUUCCUCCUCCCGUUCUGUCUUCUUCAUCGCCCCGUCCUCCUCUUUCCUCGGAUUCACAGAGGAGGCUAAGGACCGACCGUGACGACUGGCAGUCCGCCUGCACCGACGCUCAACACGGCAGGUGUGAUUGCCAUGUAAGACCGGGAAAGGCGCAGCCCUACGGCCUGACCCGUACGUGGGUGACCCGGGCCACCCAGCCGCUGGUGCUGGGUAACUCCGACAAUUCCAGAUAUGUCACAUGGACCAAGAGGUGAAUAUGGCAGGUUGUGUUAGAAGUUUGACUGUGUGCCUGUGCAGCCUUCAAACAUCAUGGAGAUCCCCAGUAUCCCACGGCUGGCUAAGCUGUCAUCAAGGGGUCGUCCUCCAAAACAGGCCCACCCCCAGGAGACUGCCAGGACCACAGCUACAGCCCCUGAGAACAACAAACACAGUACACCCUGUAGUGAAAGAGGGGAGGGAAAGAAGGGGCAUCCUGAAGAGCAGAAGCUCAGGAGUAUCCCUGCUAACAUGAUGGUCCAGUGGAAGGAGGAGUUUAAGAAGAGGUCCAGGGUAACGUGUCCUGGCUCAGGCUGCUGGUUAGAGUUCCCCAGCAUCUACGGUCUCAAAUACCACUACCAACGCUGCCAGGGGGUGACCCUAGCAGAGAGGUUGAGUCAUGGCUGUCCGGACUGUAAGGCGGUGUUUGCCACUAAGGUCAGUCUCCAAAAGCACAAGCUGUGGAACCACCCCAUCGAGACCAAGGCUGAGCCCAAACUACACAUGACCCCCGUGAAGGGGACCGCCAAGAAAAGGCCUAUGGAGAACACUCCACUGUUGCCUGUGUUCUUCAAAGUCAAAAAGACCCAGGAGGUUUCUAGUCCCUCCCAGAACGGGGAGUGUGCCCCCCAGAGGGGAGAGAGGAAACAGCACCCACACCCCCAGCCCCCUCAGCAGCAGGCUGAUACCUCCCCCAACACCCCGGGGGGCAGCGAGAGCGAAGAUGAGGAGAGCAGUCUACCAUACCCCAAUGAAGACCAUGAGAGGACAAGGCACAGACGGAAGCAGAAAACACCUAAGAAGUUCACUGGAGAGCAACCCUCUAUCUCGGGGACGUUCGGACUGAAAGGUAUGAACAAGGUAGAGGAGAAGUUGAAGGCUGGUCGUGUGAAGAGAUUAGAGGGGGGUCUGUUCAGCGAGGAGCCCCAGAGGAAGCACCCUGGUCCAGCCUCCAGGAGAGACCUACCACCCCUCACCUCUGCAGAGGCCCAGUGGCAGCAUGCCAUCUCAGAGCGGGGGGAGGUGCUCUGUCCUACCUGCUCCAUUGUCACCAGAAAGACCAUCUCGGGCCUCAAGAAGCACAUGGAGAUCUGCCGAAAGCUCCAGGAUGCCCUGAAGUGCCAGCAAUGCCAGAAACAGUUCAGAUCCAAGGCCGGACUCAACUACCAUACAAUGGCUGAGCACAGCAGCAAGGCUUUGGGGAGCGAGGACCAGAUGGGGGACGUGCAGUUGGAGAGAGAGAGGCUGCGUAGAGUACUCAAACAGACGGGACGAAUCAAGUGUCCUAAGGAGAGCUGCUCAGCCCAUUUUUUCAGCCUGAUGGGAUACCAGUACCAUCAGAAGCGCUGUGGCAGACAGCUAUCAGAGAAGGACAAGCCUGUGUUUCUGUGUCAGCACUGUGGGAAGACCUACCGCUCUAAGACUGGCAGAGACUACCACCUGUGCACUGAACACCCCACCACUAACAACAAUACCAACAAUACCACCGGCAGAGGGAUGAGAACAGAGGAGGGACAGCCUGCAGGAAGGAGGGAACAGAACCACAUGGAGAGAGAGAAGGAUGGGAUAGAGAGGGAGAGAGAGAGGAAAGACAACGAAAAGGGUCAGGAGUUGUCUGCGGGUAGGGAGAAGGAUGGGAGAGAGAGGGAGAGAGACAGGAAGGACAACGAAAAGGGUCAGGAGUUGUCUGCGGGUAGGGAGAAGGAUGGGAGAGAGAGGGAGAGAGACAGGAAGGACAACGAAAAGGGGCAGGAGUUGUCUGCGGGUAGGGAGAAGGAUGGGAGAGACAGGAAGGACAAUGAAAAGGGUCAGGAGUUGUCUGCGGGUAGGGAAAAGGAUGGGAGAGAGAGGGAGAGAGAGGGGCUGGGGGAGGACUUUGAGAGGACUCCUAGUGGUAGGGUGAGACGUCGGUCUGCCCAGGUAGCAGUGUUCCACCUGCAGGAGAUAGCAGAGGAUGAACUGGACAAGGACUGGGGCACCAAGCGAGACGACCUGGUACCGGACAGCAAGAGGUUGAACUACACUCGUCCUGGUCUUCCCAUGUUCAGUCCCAAGCUGCUGGAGAGCUGGAAGAACGAGGUCAAAGAGAAGGGCUUCAUCUGCUGCUCCAACGGAAGCUGUGAAGCUGUUUACUCCAGUGUGUCCGGACUCAAAGCUCAUCUAGCCAACUGUAACCAGGCAGAGGGUGAUGCAGGGAAGUACACCUGCUUACUGUGCCAGAAGGAAUUCAGCUCAGAGAGUGGUGUCAAAUACCACAUCAGCAAGACCCACUCUCAGAACUGGUUCCGAGCCUUCAGCCACAUGUUGCCCAGCAGCAGCAGCAGCAGCAGGAGCAAACCGCCAGACUACCAAGGGAAAACGGAGGUCAAGAACGGAGCCACCAUGGGAAAGAAGAGAGGCCGCAAGCCCAAAGAGCGCCCCCCUGAGGCCACCCCCGUCCAAACAACACUUUUUUCAGCACCACCCAAAACUCAGCCCCCACCCUGAACAUGGGCCAGACCCCGGUCCCGACAGAGACAGGAAACCCAGGGAGCCUGACGCUAAACAGACAGCCCAACCAACCCACCACACGGAGGAGUAAGCCCAAGUGGGUGCCCCCUCCCUCCGAGUAGCUCUGCUUUCAACCCAAGAGCCAGAGAGGCUAUGUCUAUCUAUCCACAUUACACCAGUAAGCUCAAGGAUGUUUUGGAUACCUCAAGGACUGGCGGACAGAGAAGAAAACUAAAACCAACUGCACUCAGAUCUUUGUGUUUUAAAUAUACUGUAUACAGUUUGUGUCUCCUGGUAUAUGUUGAUAUAUGACAGUCAUUUUAUUCAGUUUCCUCCAUUCCAUUUGCAAGCAUCAUUUCAGUUAAACUAUUGACAACAGGGGUUCAUUGUUAUCAACGUUAUAGUCCUACUCUGUGUAAAAAUAUAUUUUUCUAAACAAAAGUAGUAUUUCAAAUUGGCAUUUUCCCUCUACAUGUCUUUAGUUUCAUGUUGUGUUUGAGAGAUUUUUCAAAUGAUAUUCUAUUAGGAUAGUGAGGCAUGUGUAUAUAUACUAUAUCUAUCUAUAUACAGUAUAUAGUCAAAGCAAUGACGUCAUCCCUCCUUUUUCAAAGCAGGAAGGUCAAAUUUGGUCUAAAGCGAUCACACUACUUUUCAUUUUUUGUUGUUUUACACUUUGGCAUCUUGUUUUUAUUGUGUCAGCUGAAUGUCAGCUGAAUGUCGAAGUAGAGAGGUUGUUUUGAUCAGUCUACAGUGCAAUAUGCUCAUUUGAUUUUGUCGCUUUGUUUUCUUUGGCUUUUCUUUUCAAAGUAGUGAAAGACCACAUACAUCAUACAUCAAAUCACUGUGGCCUAAUGCUCUGGCUCAGCUAUGUACUUAGUCUUUGUUUCAAUUACACUGAAAUUUAGGAAAUUAGCACCAUUUUCACAAAAUGAUAUGAGAUUUUAUUGAAUAUUGGUGACAGUAAUUAGACCUUGGGGCAUAUGAUUGGGGAUGUUAACACAAACAUUGACAUUAAAAUCUAUAUCUACACUCAAGCAAUGUAAUCCACAACGUUUGCAGAUGUGUGGUUUCGCCAUUGGACCUCAUAGUCUGAAUUAAAUGUGGGAAUGUUGUAGUAAUUGUUCCCAUUAAAAUGGACAAACAUUCUCAAGCUAGAAUUUUCCUAGGACUGUCUGGGAGUCGGGAGGGGAAAACUGAGAGGUUUGGAACUCUCUUUGUUAGUGGUGUAUUAACCAAUUUAGCCUUAAAAAAAAAAAAGUUGAAGUUACUUUAAUCUUUGAGGAAACAUAAAAACCUCAAAUGAAGGCUUAGAUUUUGUUAUGUAUAUGAACAGAUUCCCAUUAAUUAAUUCUCAUUAAUUGUCUUGCACUUUAACCCCUUUCUUCUCUUCCCCCCCCAUUUAGUCUUUUUGCACAUAAAGAGCAGAGAAACAAAACUUGACGCUCCAGGAAGAAGAUGAUUUAUAAUCAGCCUAAAUGUUUACCUUAAGAAUGAUGGGUAAAGACACAAAACUGGCCGUAGAUCAGCUUCUAAGGGGCAGCUUCACCCUACUCCAACCUAAACCUCCUAUAUGGAGGGUUGUAACCCAGGACUGUAAAAUGAAACUGUGGUGUCCAGAAACAAGAACAUUUCGAUCUCUGUGUCCGGCUUUCCGACAGGAUUCAAUGAGUAGAUAACAAGGCCACCUAACUAAGCUGAUCCUCAGAAAUGCUAGACAUUUAGAUGUCUGUGUCCCGCUUUCCGACAGGAUUCAAUGAGUAGAUAACAAGGCCACCUAACUAAGCUGAUCCUCAGAAAUGCUCGACAUUUAGAUUUCUAUGUCCCGCUUUCCGACAGGAUUCAAUGCGUAGAUAACAGGGCCACCUGAUCCUCAGAAAUGCUAGACAUUUUAGGCUGUUCUGCCAGUCAACUAUUUCAGCGUAAAAGGAAAUUACGUUUAAAUGAAAUGUCUUUAAUUUAUGAAAAUGCUAAUGUGCAAUCAGCUCAUUUUAAUAUUUUAUCCAUAAUACACACUUAAAGCAGAUACUUGAAUUCACAAAACAAUUGUAAUAAUUUGAUUUAAGUAAAAUGUCAUGAAAUGUUUAAUGUAUAUUUAUAUCAAUGGAGCAGAAUAGCCCUCUCAAAGCAGCAGACCUCUGUUAUAAUCACGUGUGUAUAUUAUCUAGUUAAUCUGAAAAUGGUGGCAGUGUGUGAAAAGGUUAAGUUGACAUGGUUACUCUGCUUGUUCAUCCAGAGUAGUUUUUUCCAGAAAUGCUAUUACUUUGUAAUGUAUAUUUCCUACAAAUACAGGUGCUAAACUCAUACAGUAAUGCAACAAAUCUGAACCAUAAUUUAAAAAUAAUGUAAAUGUCACAUUUACAUAAGUAUUCAGACACUUUACUCAUUACAUUGUUGAAGCAUCUUUGGCCGCGAUUACAGCCUCAACGCUUCUUGGGUAUGACGCUACAAGCUUGGCACACCUAUAUUUGGGGAGUUUCUCCCAUUCUUCUCUCCAGAUCCUCUCAAGCUCUGUCAGAUUGGAUGGGGAGCGUUGCUGCACAGCUAUUUUCAGGUCUCUUCAGUGAUCUUCGAUCCGAUUCAAGUCCUGUCUCUGGCUGGGCCGCUCAAGGACAGUCAGAGCCUUGUCCCGAAGCCACUAUUGCGUUGGCUUUGCUGUGUUCUUAGGGACCUUCAAUGCUUCAGACAUUUUUUUGUACCUUCCCCAGAUCAAUGCCUCGAAACAAUCCUGUCUCGGAGCUCUACGGACAAUUCCUUCAACGUCUUGGCUUGGUUUUUGCUCUGACAUGCACUGUCAAUUAAGUUGUAGAAACAUCCCAAGGAUGAUCAAUGGAAACAGGAUGUACCUGAGCUCAAUUUCGAGUCUCAUAGCAAAGGGUCUGAAUACUGAUGUAAAUAAAGUAUUUCUGUUGUUUCUAAAAACCUGUUUUCACUUUGUCAUUAUGGGGUAUUGUGUGUAUAUCCAUUUUAGUACCAGUCAAAAGUUGAGACACCUACUCAUUCCAGGGUUUUCUUUAUUUGGACUGUUUUCUACAUUGUAGAAUAAUAGUGAAGACAUCAGAACUAUGAAGUAACAUUUGAGAUCAUGUAGUAAUCUUUUUAAUGAGUUUGAGCCAACCAGUUGUGUUGUGACAAGGUAGGGGUGGUAUACAGAGGAUAGCCCUAUCUGGUAAAAGACCAAGUCCAUAUUAUGGCAAGAACAGCUCAAAUAAGAAAAGAGAAACUUCAGUACAUCAGUACUUUAAAACAUGAAGUUCAAUCAAAAUAGAACAUUUCAAGAACGUUGAAAGUUUCUCCAAGUGCAGUCUCAAAAACCAUGAAGCGCUAUGAUGAAACUGGCUCUCAUGAGGACCGCCAAUGGAAAGGAAGACCCAGAGUUACCUCUGCUGCAGAGGAUACGUUCAUUAGAGUUACCAGCCUCAGAAAUUGAAGCCCAGACACAUCUCAACAUGAACUGUUCAGAGGAGACUGUGAAUCAGGCCUUCAUGAUCGAAUUGCUGCAAAGAAUCCACUACUAAAGGACACCAAUAAUAAGAAGAGAGUUGCUUGGGCCAAGAAACACGAGCAAUGGACAUUCUGUCAAAUCUGUCCUUUGGUCUGAUGAUUCCAAAUCGGAGAUUUCUGGUUCCAACCACCGUGUCUUUGAAAGAUGCAGAGUAGGUGAACAGAUGAUCUCUGCAUGUGUGGUUCCCACCGUGAAGCAUGGAGGAGGAGUUGUGAUGUUGUGGAGGUGCUUUGCCGGUAACACUGUCUGAUUUAUUUAGAAUUUAAACACACUUAACCAGCAUGGAUACCGCAGCAUUCUGCAGCGAUACACCAUCCCAUCUGUUUUGCGCUUAGUGGGACUAUCAUUUGUUUUUCAACAGGACAGUGACCCAAAACACACCUCCAGUCUGUGUUAGGGCUAUUUGACAAAGAAGGAGAGUGAUGGAGUGAGUGCUGCAUCAGAUGACCUGGCCUCCACAAUCACCCGACCUCAACCCAACUGAGAUGGUUUGGGAUAAGUUGGACCGCAGAGUGAAGGAAAAUCAGCCAACAAGUGCUCAGCAUAUGUGGGAACUCCUUCAAGACGGUUGGAAAAGCAUUCCUCUUGAAGCUGGUUGAGAGAAUACCAACAGUAUGCAAAGCUGUCAUCAGGGCAAAGGGUGGCAAAGGGUGGCUGGUUACUACAUGAUUCCAUAUGUGUUAUUUCAUAGUUUUGAUGUCCUCACUAGUUAUUCUACCAUGUAGAAAAUAGUGAAAAUAAAGAAAAACCCUUCAGUGAGUACAGUUGGUGUGUCCACAUUAUGGACUGGUACCAUAUAUUCAUACUUCACCCUAUCAGUCUUCCGAGAUGAUGUGGAGAACACAUAUAUCCUGUUUGAGCGUAGAAUACAGCAGCAAAAAUAGGUUUACACCAUAUUUUGUUGUAAUUUAGUCAUUUAAUGGCACAUUUUUGUCACCUACCCUAUCCCUUUGUUUGUUUGCUUAGGAAAUUGUUAUUUUAUUUUUUCUCAGUGAUAACAAUAGUUAGUUGAAGCCCAUGGGAUGUUGAAAUACGUUGUUUUAACAAGUUUGAUAAUGCACAUUAAAUGUUGAUUUUCAGGACACAAUUAUUGAGAAUCCAUUUGUCGAUAUCUAAGGAUCAACAAGGAGGCGUAUCUGUGUUUGUUUCUCUACUUACUACCCCUUGAAAUAGGACUGUUGUCACCUGAGCUUUUUAGUAGUCUGGACUGUGUACCUGGGGAGUCUAUAGGCUAAGAUGUCUUCCUUUUUUUCACAAAUUCUAUUUUCCCGCUUUAAUGUUUUAUCUUACAAACAUUUACAAUUUCAACAAGUUUUAGAUAAAUCUUUGUUCUGAAAAUGUACCAUUAUAGACUGGAUACAAAGCAUUUGGUGAUUGGUUAUGUUGAGGAGAAUACUUAGUUAUGUUCUAAAUGAGAAAAUGUUUUUCCUAUGUUGAAGUUGAUCUGAUCAGAAGCUAUAUCCUAUAACUAGGGAGGCACCACACCUUUGAAUCUGAACUGUUAAAAAAACGUAUUUUUUAAGUGUUGUUUACCUGUGCAUUAUUACCGCUCAACUAAUUAAUAAAAAAUGUUGUUGACUAAG